AUGUUCUUCUAUCUGGUGAGUAACAGCUAUAUUCUAUAUGCUUCUAUUAUAGUCAUUGAUUGUAACUAGAGAGGAUACAAUAAAAAUGUUUGGUCCUUGUUUGUAGUCACAGCUUCAACCAUAAUGCUCUUAACUAGAGUUGUUUUGAUCUGCCAGGUGGUUGUUGGUAGUACUUGUUGUUGUUGGUAGUCAAAGUGUCUAAACAGUAUUCAACCUGCUAAAUUUCUCAGUAACACAUCUGUGUUUCUGCUCAGAUGUGUAUGGUGUUGCUGGACCUGUGGUGCCUUCUCCCCAUGUCGACAGCUAGUAGUUCCUACCCAAAAACUCUGCCAUGUGUUGUUAAGGAGAUCACUAACGGGAGUGUGGUGACAGUGGACUGCACUGAGAGAAGGCUCAAAUAUGUCCCAUUUGGCAUCCCCAGAGACACUACCAACCUGACCCUCACCAUCAAUCAUAUCCCCAGUUUAAACUCCAGCUCUUUUCAUGGUUUGGAGAACCUGACUGAGAUUGACAUGAGGUGCAACUGUGUGCCCAUCAAAAUCGGCCCCAAGGACCACGUGUGCACAAAGGGUGUGACAAUAGAGGAAGAUACUUUUACCAGCCUACUGAAUCUGCAAGCCCUGUAUCUUGAUGGAAACCAACUCUCCAGUAUACCUAAAGGCCUGCCGUUGAACCUGAUCCUGCUGAGUUUGGAAGUUAAUCACAUUGUUGAUAUAUCUAAAGCAAACAUAUCUGAGAUCAGACAUAUCCAGAUGCUUUACCUGGGUCAAAACUGCUAUUUCCGCAACCCGUGUAAUAAAUCUUAUGAAAUAGAGGAGGGUGCGUUUUUACAGAUGACCAGUUUAAUGUUGCUAAGUCUGAAGUCAAAUAACUUGUCCUUUAUUCCACAUCAACUCCCAACAAGCCUGAAGGAGCUUUAUCUUUACAACAACAACAUCCCAAACAUCAAUGACGAGGAUUUCAAGAACUUGACAAAUCUGGAGAUUCUUGAUGUGAGUGGAAACUGUCCUCGAUGUUACAAUGCUCCUUUCCCAUGCAGGCCUUGCCCAAAUAAUUCCCCGCUCAAUAUCAGCAAGGCAGCUUUCAAAAUGUUGACAAAGCUUAAGACUCUCCGGCUGCACAGUAACUCUCUGACAUAUGUGCCAUCUGAAUGGUUUGCCACCACAACAGAGCUGAGGGAACUCGAUCUCUCGUCAAAUUUUUUAGCAAGAGAGUUGGGAUUCACCAAAUUCCCACUUUUCCUGGGCAACCUGGAGGAACUUGACCUUUCAUUUAACUAUGAGCUUCAGAGGUACUCUCCAACACUGAGACUGAGUUACAGUUUCUCUGCUCUUAAGUCUCUGAGAGUUCUCAGAAUAAAGGGCUUUGUGUUUCAGCAGCUAAAACCAGAAAGCAUUGCUCCUUUAAAACCUCUCAAAAACUUGGAGGUGGUAGAUCUGGGCACAAACUUCAUUAAAAUGGCAAACCUUAGUCUUCUCAUGGAAAUAGAAAGCUUUAAAAUAAUCAGUCUGUCUGACAAUAAAAUAUCUUCCCCCUCUGAGGGCCAAGACCUUGUUGGUUUUUCUGGAGUGGAGCCCUUGCAAUGGUCUCCCAUGUCGGCUACUGAUGAGUACCAAAAAGAAGAAGUGAGAGAGAUUCAUUACUUCAGAUAUGAUGAAUAUGCACGCAGCUGUAAAUACAAAGACAAAGAACUUGGGGUUGUCACAUCCUUUGUCGAGAAGCAGUGCAGUCAGUUUGGCAAAACCCUGGAUGUCAGCAGAAACAAUAUAUUCUUUCUGCAUUCAAGGUUUUUAGAUCUUGGGGAGCUAAGGUGCCUCAAUUUGUCUGGAAAUGCAAUGAGCCAAAGUCUGAAUGGCUCUGAAUUCACCCAUCUGACUAAUCUGAAAUACCUGGACUUCUCCUCAAACCGCCUGGAUCUGCUCUACUCCACUGCGUUUCAGGAGCUGACAAGUCUGGUCAUCUUGGAUAUAAGUCGAAACAACCAUUACUUUGAGUCAGAGGGCCUAACUCACAUGCUGAACUUCACAAAAAAUUUAAAAAAUCUAACAGUACUGUUGAUGAAUCACAAUAAGAUCUCCACUUCCACUAACACAGAAAUGGAGAGUCAGUCCCUUGAGAGGUUAGAGUUCAGAGAUAACAGGUUAGAUGUAAUGUGGAGGGAUGGAGACACCAGAUAUUGUAAUUAUUUCAAGAAAUUGGUUAAUCUGAUUGUGCUCGACAUAUCCCAAAACAACCUCAACUUCAUUCCAAAGGAAGUAUUUAGCGGUUUGCCAGACAAACUAACUGAGCUCUACUUAAAAAACAACAAACUGACAGGGUUUAAAUGGGAAGAGCUACAACUUCUACUUUCUUUGCAAGUCCUCGAUCUGAGUGGAAACAGAAUAACUACUGUUCCACACAUGCUGUCCAACUGUACCCAAUCUCUCCAGAAACUUAUUUUACACAAGAAUCACAUCGUAGAACUCACACCCGAUUUCCUCAAGGGUGCCUACAGCCUAAAGUAUCUGGACCUUAGUUUCAACAGCAUACGGUACAUUGACAAAUCUAAUUUUCCGGAUGAUGUGGUUAAUCAGAACACCACAUUGCUUUUGCAUGACAACAAAUUCCUGUGCACUUGCAAUGCCACUUGGUUCAUUAAGUGGCUCAACAGCACAAAUGUGACCAUCCCCAACCUGGCUACAGGUGUCACCUGUGACAGCCCGGGUGCACAAAAAGGUAAUGCUGUCCUCUCAGUGGACCUUUCAGCCUGCCAGUACCAUUACUUGUCUAUCUCUCUCUACAUCCUUGGGACAUCCCUCGUCCUCAGCUUCCUCACCCUGUCCAUCUCCAGCCACCUCUUCCUGUGGGAUGUUUGGUACAUCUACCACUUCUGCAGAGCCAAGUUCAAAGGCUACAUGCGCCUGUAUUCCCAAAGCUCUGUGUAUGAUGCCUUUGUGAUAUACGACAAAGAGGAUCCUGCUGUGUCGGAGUGGGUGAUGAAGGAAAUGUGUGCCCAUCUAGAGGACAGUGGAGAUCGUCAGCUGACACUGUGUCUGGAAGACCGAGAUUGGAUACCUGGAUGUCCCCUGAUUGACAACCUUUCCCAGAGCAUCCAUAAGAGCAAGAGGACCGUGUUCAUCCUCACUAGCAGAUAUAUCAAAAGUGGCAACUUCAAGACAGCCUUCUACAUGGCCCACCAAAGGCUAAUGGAUGAAAAGAAUGAUGUUAUUGUACUCAUCUUCUUGGAGAAAGUAAAGUGCAAUUCAAAGUACUUGAGACUGAGGAAGAGACUCUACAGGCGGUCUGUGCUGGAGUGGCCGACAAAUCCACAAGCUCAGCCAUACUUCUGGUUCACCCUGAGGAGUGUGCUCGCAACGGCAAGUCACAAACAAUACAACAAUCUUUUUAAAGAGACACUGUGA